AUGAUCAUAAUGGUGGACACACCAAUCUGGUCCAAACCUUACCUCUGGGCGGCGGUGGUCGUCGUCGUUCUCGCCAUCUAUCGUCUCUUGCAGGUCGGCAAACGCGACCCUCGAAUGCCCCCAGGUCCGCCUACGGUUCCAAUUCUAGGAAAUGCUCACCAAAUUCCUCGCACCGGCCUCUACAAGCAGUUUCGAGAGUGGGCCAAGGAAUACGGGCCAAUCUUCAGUCUCAAACUUGGACCUUCGAAUGUCGUUGUUCUGUGCGAUCGAAAGGCGAUCCAUAAGCUUCUCGUCGAGAAAGGCGCCAUUUACUCGGAUCGUCCAGAGACUUAUGUUGGCCAGCUUCUGACCAAGGGUGAUCACCUGGCGGUCUCGCAGAUGGAUCCUCUCUGGAGAGAAAAGAGAAAGGUCAUCGCGCACAACUUCUCACCUAAGCCAUUGGACGAGAAGCAUUUCCGAGUUCAGGAGGCAGAGGCUACGAUCCUCAUGAACAACCUCUUGACAACCCCUGAAGACUUCUACAGGCAGAUCAGGAGAUACACGGCAUCUGUAGUGAGCUCAAUCACGUAUGGGUAUCGUGGCGAAACUCCGGACUCAUUCUGGGCCAAAGGCGUCUAUGAUGUGAUGGACAAGUGGACGGCUGCUAUGGAACCCGGGGCUAACCCUCCAGUGGAUGAAUUCAAAUUUCUCCGGUAUAUACCCAUGUCGAUGGCAUUCUGGAAACGUCGGGCUGUCGAGGCUGGUUCUGUGAUGGAUAGUGUUUGGGGAGAGGCACGCCGCCGGAUCGACGAGAGACGGGCUAAGGGCGAACGACGAAAUUGUAUCAUCGACACUCUGCUGGACGAGUACGAAAAGAAGGGAAUGCCAUUCUCCAAGCAUGGCUUCGACAACCUGAUGGGUGAGCUAGUCGAAGGCGGUGCAGAUACAACUGCAGCUCAGCUUCUUACCUUGAUCCUCGCUUUUGGUCUCUACCCGGAAGUCCAGCAGAAGGCACGAAGAGAAAUUGAUGCUGUUUGUGGCACUGAGAGAGCUCCCCUCUGGUCCGACUUUGACCGACUACCAUAUAUCAACUGCAUUGUGAAGGAAGGCAUGAGAUGGCGCCCAGUGGCUGUCUCAGCACUACCUCACAGGGCACGGGAAGACGAUGUUUAUGAGGGAAUGUUGAUCCCCAAGGAUUCAACCGUCUUCCUCCCCACAUGGGCCAUCCAUCACUCUCCCGAAAUCUACCCUGAUCCGGAAACCUUUAACCCAGAUAGAUAUCUCCAUCACCACAAGCUAGCUAGCGACUAUGCUGGAAGUCCUGACUGGGCAAACCGAGAUAAGUUCAUCUCUCCCUGCGCAACGACCUUAAGAGGCUAA